GUUCAACCACACAACAUCGUUGAGAGGCCCUGUAGUUGCAGGGGUUCGUCGUUUACCCUUCCCUAAAGUAUCUGGUGUGCUUUGUUCGGUAAUAACGAAAAACGAUGGGAGCUGAAACUGAAUCAUCACAGGAAAAGCCAGCACAAGAGAGGCCAAAGGCUGCUCUCUCACAGGAACAGUUCCUCUCAUGGAAACGCCACAAGGACGCUGCAGUAUCAGCCAGAAAAGCUGAAGUAUCCAGGAAGCGUGCUGAAGAUAUUGCAGCAGGAACUGUCCAAAUGAAUGGCCGAGAACUGUUUUUACAUGAGCCAUGGGUGUUUGAUAAUUCACGUUAUUGAGGUUUCUUUUCAUUGGCUCAUAAUUCAUAAAAACUCUUUAUGGUCAUGCUUUGAAAACUUUUAUUUCGGGUCAAAAUCUUCUCUGUAGCAAUAUAUUUUUGAAAUUUAAAGUUUGUACCUUUUGCAAAGGAAAGGAAACAAUGAAAAGAUUGUUUCUGGAUGUCACAAGGGUGGAUCUGUUUCAUGUUAAGAACUUUGUGAAUUAUGAGCUGCUGGAAAAUUACAAGUUGUUGUCCAUGUAAUGACGAAUUUAUUCUCUUGAGAUUAAGUAUUUUCAUAUAGGUGGGCAGUUGAAAUAUCUUCUCUGGUAUUAACAUUACAAAUUUUUAUUGCAUUGCUCUUUAGCUA